UGCCCGCCAGCUCUCGUUCUCUUUCCGUGGCCAUUAAGCUGAAUCCUGGGAAAGGAGUAGCGAGGGUUGCGGUUCUUGCGAUGUCUCCGAGUGCGGCGAGGGGAGAGCUGCGGGAGACGCGGUUCCGAGGUGUGCGGAAGCGGCGAUGGGGGCGGUUCGCGGCGGAGAUCCGCGACCCUGCCAAGAGGAGCCGCGUGUGGCUCGGCACAUUCGACACCGCCGAGGAGGCGGCGCGCGCCUACGACGCCGCCGCCCUCCGGUUCCGCGGCACCAAGGCCAAGACCAACUUCGCCUACCCCGGCCCUCUCUACGCCCCUGUCGUCGCCGGAUCCGUCCCCUCCAGCCCCAGCAACAGCAACGCCGAGUCCUCCACCCCCUCCCCGAAGGCCGGUGCCGUCACCGCUCUCCUGCCGCUCGAUCUCGAGCUCGGCCACGCGUCCGCCAGGUUCUCCUUCCCUCACCGCCCGGCCUCCUCCGCGCGGGAGGCGACGGUGAGCCACCACUGUCUCGCGUUGGACCGAGCAGCGGCCUUGACCGGCAUGAGUGUCUGUGACCGUUUACAGAGUGCGUCGGAUUCGGUCUCGCCGGCGGAGCCGACUAUGAGGCUUCCCUUCGACGUCGAUCUCAACCUGUCUCCUCCAUCCGAGGUGGUCUGAUCCAAACGCCCGGGGUUAGAUCCGAUACUGAGAGAAUUAGAUCCGACAAUUUACCUAUAUAUACACACACACACACACAAUAUUUCUCGAUGUAAUUUUCCUUUUUCUUUUUGCACUGAGAAAGUGAAUCAGACAAAGAUAUCCAACUCAGUGUUAUAUUUACUACUCAUUUUACUUAUGCCAUCCCACUAAAAAGUUUAGCCACGUGUAA